AUGGAUUCCAAGCAACUUAAGCCCAAGAGACGAAAGAAGAACAAGUCUAGAACACAAGUAUCUUCGGACAGCGAUGGCGACUACGAAAUCCAACCCACUGCCAAAUCGCCCAGCCCUCCACAACCUUCCGAACCCACAAAAACAGUGAAAGGCCCCAAAACAGACGCCGAAAUUUCUGCUGCUUUCAUGCAAUUUUAUAUGCAACGCGCAACGCAAGAAUUCGCGGAAGACCUGGAUAAAGUCCGUGGAGCCGAUGAUUUCAAGGAUGGCUCGGUAGCUAUGUUGGUGGGUGCUCUGAAGCAGGGGGUGGAGGUCUUUAGUGCAGAGGAGAGGAGGAGGGUUGUUACGGCGAAAGAGGGGAGGGGGAAUUAA